CAGCACCUCUUAUCUAUGCAGUUUCCAUUGCUGCCAUUGGAUCUCUGCAGUUUGGUUACAACACUGGUGUCAUCAAUGCUCCUGAGAAGGUGAGAGGGAAACUGAAUUGCGGAGAUGGUAUGAGUGUGGGGCUGGUGGAAAACUGAGGGUAUAGGAAGGACAGCUCCUCAGCUGUCUCCCAGGCAGCUAGUAGGGUUGGUUCUGAUUUAUGAAGUCAAGAUGGCAUUCAAAAUUCCCUCUCACAACAAUGGACAAGGAGAGCCAUGUUUAAGGGUUGAGAGAGCAAACGGAAAAGUUAAUUCUAUUAAUUAGGAGUGCAGAGCGGGCAGGAGGGCUCCAUCUGCCAUUUCCUGAUAGGACUAUAUUUAGUGCAUGGAAGAACGUGAGUCUCUUCAGUUUUGAGUCAGAAUAAAUCAUACAUGGCAGCAGGAAUGUAGAGAGUAGUGUGCAGAUAAAUGUUGAGAGUUGAUCUCAGGCUUCUUUAAUUUUGUUUAUUAAUUUCCUGUGUUAAUUGUAGCUUCAGUGUUUGUGAAAGGAUCACUGCUGGGGUACUGAUCAAAUAAUCUCAUGACUAGCCAAAGAAAGAAGACAAGAGAUGAAGAGAACAAGAAAUGUAGUUUUGUUGUGACUACAAGAUGGCUCCUCUCUCAGGAACUGAGUCACCCUGACUCACCACAUCCACCCUGACUCCGGGAAUAAGUGUCACAUCACUGGGGGUGUGGGGAGGGUGGUGUGUGUGUGGGCUUCCUUCGUAGCUGAAAUCUUGCUGCCAUCUGCUGGGGGUAAACACUCCGAGGUCAUGGCUCCCUCAGACCUUGCAUAAUUUCAUUUGUUGGCAAAGGGGUUGCUUCAGAAAGCAAAACAGCACUGUCAUAUCCCCCUGACACAAUGAAGGAAGGUUCCUCAUAAUGCUGCAGUUUUCAGGCUUACCUCAAUGAAACUUUCUGUGCCUUUUUAAAAUAUUUUCAUCCCAGAAAGCUCUAUUCCUGCUGCCAGAGUUCUAGUACUGCCAGGAAUCUCACCUUCCAUUCUCUGGUCACAUUUUCUUGCUUCUUCUCACUUCCAGCUGUCUCUCACCCUCCCCCAAGCAGUGGCUCUCAUCAUCAAUUAAACACUAGCCAGCUCUGUCAUGUGCAGUGAAGCAAUCUCUCCAUCACACUGCUACCUGUAUACUGUAUUUUCAGUGAAAGCUCUUUCUGCAUCCUCAUAUUCCCUUGCGUGUCUUGUGGCUGCCUACAGCAUUUUCAGAGUAUCUUUGUUGCUUACUUCCAGGAAAGCAGAUCAAGAAGACCUCAGAAGUAAUCUGCCCAGUGCAAAAAACCUCACACUGGAUUGUAAUGCCCUCUCCACCUGGUUUCUCUUGCAGAUCAUCCAGCGGUUCUUCAACAGUACCCUGUCAGAACGAAGUGGGGAGGUUGUCUCCCCAGAGCUCCUUACCUCUUUGUGGUCCCUUUCUGUGGCUAUCUUCUCAGUGGGAGGUAUGAUUGGUUCCUUCUCAGUCAGCCUGUUCGUCAACAGAUUUGGCAGGAGGAACUCUAUGCUACUGGUGAACAUCUUGGCCCUUGCUGGUGGUACUCUGAUGGCUUUCUCUAAGAUGGCAAAGGCAGUGGAGAUGCUGAUCAUUGGCCGCUUCAUUAUUGGCCUCUUCUGUGGUCUUAGCACUGGCUUUGUGCCUAUGUAUAUCAGUGAGGUCUCGCCCACCAGCCUCCGUGGAGCCUUUGGCACCCUCAACCAGCUGGGUAUUGUUGUGGGCAUCCUGGUGGCCCAGAUCUUUGGCUUGGAGGCAAUAAUGGGAACUGAGACACUUUGGCCACUCCUUUUGGGGUUCACAGUCCUCCCAGCAAUCCUGCAGUGCGUGGCUCUUCUUUUCUGCCCUGAGAGUCCUCGUUUCCUAUUAAUCAACAAGAUGGAGGAAGAGAAAGCACAAGCAGUUCUUCAGAAGCUCCGUGGUACACAGGAUGUGUCUCAAGACAUUGUGGAGAUGAAAGAAGAGAGUGCUAAAAUGUCCCAGGAAAAGAAAGCAACAGUGCCAGAACUCUUCCGUUCUCCAAACUACCGACAAGCCAUUGUCAUUGCAAUCAUGCUGCAGCUCUCACAACAGCUCUCAGGCAUCAAUGCUGUGUUCUAUUACUCUACAGGGAUUUUUGAAAGAGCUGGCAUUACACAGCCUGUGUAUGCCACUAUUGGAGCUGGUGUGGUGAACACUGUGUUCACAGUUGUGUCGCUGUUCCUGGUGGAGCGUGCUGGGCGCAGGACCCUCCAUUUAGUUGGCUUGGGUGGCAUGGCUGUGUGCGCUGUUCUGAUGACCAUUGCUUUAGCUCUGAAGGACAUUGUGGAGUGGAUCAGAUACAUCAGUAUUGUUGCCACUUUUGGCUUUGUGGCUCUUUUUGAGAUUGGCCCUGGCCCUAUUCCAUGGUUCAUCGUGGCAGAACUCUUCAGCCAGGGCCCACGGCCUGCAGCCAUGGCAGUGGCUGGUUGUUCCAACUGGACCUCUAAUUUCCUGGUGGGAAUGCUCUUUCCCUAUGCAGAGAAACUAUGUGGCUCCUAUGUCUUCCUCAUAUUCCUUGUUUUUCUGGUCAUCUUCUUUAUUUUCACAUUCUUCAAAGUACCAGAGACCAAGGGCAGGACUUUUGAAGACAUCUCCAGGGGCUUUGAAGGACGAGCAGAGGCCAGCCCCACAUCGACUGUUGAGAAGAACCCCAUGGUAGAGCUGAACAGCAUACAGCCUGAUAAAGAAGUUGCCUAAGAUUCACAACACUCCUCUACUUGGACUCUUACUUGCUUUGAGUUGUUAAAGGAAUGAGCAAAGAGAACUAUGAGAACUUGGACUUGCUGCUAUUUUCUUCUUUAUCCCCACCCAUACUUGCCCAUUCUGUCAGGCUUACCAGUAUUAAACAAAUCUGAUAUGGGUUAUCCCGUUUUCAGGUACUGGAAGACAGCUGGCACUUGAGAAACAAUCUCAGUUUUCCUGGCACAAACAUCAGGAUGAGAGAAGACCUGGCAAUAUUUUUGCUUUUCUCACCUGCAAUUGCUAUUUGGGCUUAACAUGCACUCUGAGCAUUAUGUAUUUGGAAUCUAAUACUAUUUUUGUAGUGAGUUGACGUGACCCAUCAAACAGGUCCCUGGCCCUUCAAGUAUGCCCUGUGUGCAUGUGUGCAGUGUUAACACUGGAAUUCAACAAGCCUACCAAAAAGCCAUCUCCUUGUUUUUUCCUAUCCAGUGUGCACUUUUUCAGCCUCAGGAAAAAGGGGACCAAUUUACAUACAUAUGUUCUCCAGCUUUUUUUUUUUGUAUAGACAGACUGAAAGCAUACUUUUACUUGAGUUUAUUUAUUUGUAUGUCACUUUGUAAAUAUUUAUUUUUUUAAUGAUGUACAAAAAUGUACAGAUAAUGAAAUUGAAGAUGUUUUAAGAGAAUUAGCUAAUCUAAUGAAAGAUGCUGUAGACUUGAGGUGCAAUAAGACUGUAAAAGAGCAAUGUGGUACUAAGCAGGAGAUUGGGUAUUUUGGAUGCUGUGUACAACAGAGGUGGUGGUGCACAUCACCUUUUAACUUAUUUGGGCCCUCUAGAAUUAAAUAUCUACUAGUGAGUAAAAGAGGUAUGCUUGUUUAUCCAUCCAAAUCUAUAUUUGGCAUUUUGGGUGGCAGUUUUAAAUGUUGUUCCUGAGUGUAAAGUGUAGUACUCUAGGAAAUAGGCAGUGCUAUUUGUUUUCAGUCAGUUUAACAUUGUAGGGAGUGAUUGAAGGUGGCAGUUGGAAACCAGAAGGUAACUAUUGCCUUCUCUUAACUUUAUGCCUGGUGUGUUUUUUGCUUCUCUGCUGUAUUUCAGUAGGUGAAAGUCUAAAAUUUGGAAGUUACUUUAAGGUGUGUAAGGAUAAAAAUUAUUUUCCAAAGCAACUGCUCUAAUAGUCGAUAGAGGCAUGUAGCACAACCCUUCUGGACGCAAGUAUGUUGAGUUAUAGUUUAUGUAAGUUCAUAAAGGUGCAGGGCUAGAGACCAAAGCUUAUUAGUUGAGCAGUGUGGAAGGCCUGUGGUGCACAGUUCACUGGUUGUUUGCAGAUCAAGUAUUGUUUGCCUCGUGUCCUCUCUGGAAUAUCUAUAUGAUGUGAUGCUCACCAGUGUGCUGUGUAGAUGUGUAUGGCUCUAGUAUAUCCCUUCUACUACAGGCACUGGCAGAGAAGUUGUACAUCAGUAAGUAAUGGCCUCCCCACUUGCAUUGUUGGACAAUCCAGACUGUGUACACCUACCCUCGCUGCCAUACUAGCACAAUUCAGUUGAGGAAGGCAAAAAGAAGCACAUGGGUGGGAGCUUUGCUUUGCUUUGUUGUGAUGGCAGCCCUCUAGGCCUGUGUCUCUCCAGUCCUCCACAAAUUACCAAAAGGCUAAAAAGAGGUAGGUCCAAUUUAAACUGCUCUUAACAUCAUCUGUACAUUUCAACUUGUUCAGACUUGGGUCUACCUACAGACUCAUGCUGGAAUUCAUUGCUGGUUAUCCUAGAGGAGAGGCAGGCCCAUAGAUUUCAAGGUGGGUAAAAGGCAGGAAAAACAGCAAAAUUGUUGUAGCGCAAACAGUCCAAGUUUUCCUGACAGCAUGCUGUUUCAGAGCAGGUCAGAGCUGUUGCCAUUGGUGUCUAGUCUAGGGAUGUGUAUCUGACAUCUUGAGUAACAUUCCUACCUUCCCUGAAGACAAACUGUUAAAAAUUGGUAAAAUUCACUGCUGUGGAGUACUUCCUGUGGCUUCAUUUGAUAUAAUCCAGCUUUGCACAAAUCAAACCUGUUGAGAUACACUUUCUCCUGGCUUUCUGUCAGGCUCCCAUGGCAGAUAUUUAUUCUCAGAAGUAUUGCAUUUGACAUAUUUCCCAACUUUCAUAUUUUUGGCUUAGUUAUGCAGAUUUCUUUGCCUGCCCUUUGACCUUCCAGAAAGGGGCAUCUAUAAUUCUGGGAAACUCCCCCCCUCCCCCCCAAGCUGUGCAUAAGAGCAUUCUUUACAUCAGAGGUGUGUGUUGGCUUGGAACAAUGUUUAGGUCUUUCUCACAAGAUACUUGUUUGUGUUUGUUGCUUGUUUUGGUUUGGUUUUUUUUUUGUGAGAGCAUUGUUAAUAUUUUGGACGGAUUUUAUAUGCUUAUUGAUGUAGUUCCUGUUUUUUUAAAUAAACUUAAACAUGUGGUUUGGAUUUUAUGUUUAA